UGAGUGUUGAUUCACUUGAAUAUAACGUAAUGUUUGUAAAUGUUGUGUAAUUGAUAUAACAGUCGGCAAAAUGCAAAUAACAUUCAAAACAUGUCAAACAUUAUCAUUGAUUACCAUUUUAUAUGUAAUAUUAAUCAUAAAGACAUUGAAGUGUAAUAAUGAAGAAGAUUACACGGAAUCACUUGUUGUCAAACCAUUACCUGACGGACAUUUGUAUGCAUUCUUCGAGUUUAAGACCAUUUGGCACAAAGAUUUGCAUUCAAUCAAUUGGGCCAAUCGGUUCAACAUAUUUCCGCUAUCAUUGGGUAAAUUGAUAUCAAGACAUGAGGUCCAAGAACUGCAUUUCAGUCUAACGAAAGGCAUUUGGAAACACCAGCGAUGGGGUUAUGCCAUACGGGAGGCGCCGCCUAAUGCCCAGCUCUGGCUUUGGUUUCAACACUUCCAUAAAAAUCCACAAAAAGCGUGGAGAGAUAUAACAAGUGAACUGUCGGGUCAGUUCUGUGCGUCCAUUAAUUUCAUAGAUAAUUCAGCAACAAUUCAACCGAAAUAUUCAUUGAGACCCGAGGGCGUCAUCGAUGGUGAUUCACUAAGAAAUGGUUCCCUGUUUUACGGAGCUUUGCCUCAUGAAUCUGUCUGUACAGAGAACUUGACGCCGUGGAAGAAAUGGUUGCCAUGUUUUUCGGCCAAAGGAUUGGCAACUCUUCUAAACGCAGGACAUCUCUUUAACUCAUAUUAUUUUUCUCUUGCGGUUGACUUUAAACCUAUUUGUAGAAACAUUAAAUGUGAAUCAACUUCUGUUGAAUUAAUUCAAAGUAUUUCCGUAGUAUUUAAUCCUCCGGUGAUGUUUGAAGGAAAACAAAGUUGGUCUUUAGUCAAACUAUUUGGCGCACCGCUGACAAGUACUUGCAGUUUGUCCUCGAAAAGCACUAUAUAUAUUGAUAUAACUGAUAGUCACAAAAAAAACAAUUCUAAACUAUCACCCGAACCAACAAAACUGGUUUAUUCAGUGAUUGGCGGAGCGGAGCGUAAAUAUGCGGCUUAUGAUGUCAAUCAACUUUUGGCACAAAACAAAAAGACCCUAAAUAUUGGACAAUACUUUCAAAACACUUUUGAUUAUACGAAAGUCAAACCGCCGCCACUUUUUGCUAAUCGAUUUAUCAAAGGUUACGGUCUUUCUGAUGGUGGUAUCACUUGUCAUAUAUUCAAUAAUUUCGAUAAACCCAUUGAAAUCGUAUAUUUUGAUGUCAUUCCGUGGUAUCUAAGAAUGUAUUUGCAUACACUAAGCAUUGUCUCAAAUGGCAAAUCACUUAAACCACAUACCAUUUAUUACAAUCCAUCUAAAGAUCGCAUUCAAUCACAUCAUUUGGAGAUAUUAUUAGUUUUGCCACCAAAUAGUAUGACAGAUAUAUCAUUUCAGUUUGAAAGAGUAUUCCUAAAGUGGACGGAAUAUCCUCCCGACGCUAAUCAUGGAGUUUACGUUAAUUCAGCCAUAAUUAGUGCUAAACUCAAUAGUGAUCGCAAUUUUACUUAUUUACCGAUUCGUGAGACUAUAUCGUCAGAAAAUGUCCAUUUUAUACGCAUAUAUACUCAGACAUUAUUGGUAUCACUUCCAACACCAGACUUUUCAAUGCCUUACAAUGUUAUUUGUUUGGUCAGUACUGUUGUUAGUCUUGCAUUUGGUCCCAUUCAUAAUCUGACCACAAGAAGAACACGUAUAGUCAAUAACAGUAGUCAAAGUAAAAAAUCCAAAUCAUUAAUAAAUAAAAUCAAGAGUUUAUUUAAAAAGAAAGAUAAGACGGAAACUAGUGAUACCAACCAAUAGUUUGUUAAAAAAGCGAUAAUACUUUUCAUAGCUAACACUUUUUACAUAUUUAUUUAAUUAUUUGUAUU